AUGAAAACGGAAGAUUUCAAGACUUGCUCCCAGUCGGGCUUUUGCAAACGCAACCGAGCCUACGCAGACGAAGCCAGCCGUCCAUCUUUUCAAUCCCCUUACGCUCUUUUGACCAACUCGGUUAAAUUCGACAACACUCGCUUAUCAGCCGAUAUUAAGAACACCGAAACCUCCAUUAUACUCACUUUGAAUCUGGAUUUCUUAAAAGAUAAUACCGCGCGUGUUCGCAUCAACGAAAAGAAUCCCAUCAAGCCCCGCUAUGACGAACACAGCAAAUACACGCUUCAUCAAGAACCGGUCAUGGAAGCCGCCCAGAAAAUGGAUAUCUCCUCGACUGGAGUUGUUACCGUUACUAUCGAUGCCGCCCGAAAGGUCGUGAUUACUCCCGAACCGUUGCGGUUCGACUUUUUCGUAGGCGAAGAAUCCAUUAUCUCGCUCAACGACCGAGGCUUUUUUAACUUUGAGCACUUGCGAACCAAAGAAAGCCAUCAACCAAAGAUGAUUGAACGGACCAAGGAAGACGGCACCGUGGAACAAGUGGAAGCGGAAACCGAACAGGGAUUGUGGGAAGAAACCUUCAAGACAUGGACGGAUCCUAAACCCAAUGGUCCCGAAUCGAUUGGCCUCGAUAUCUCAUUCAAUGGAUUCUCUCACGUUUAUGGAAUUCCGGAACAUGCCUCCAGCCUUUCGCUGAAAGAAACGAGAGGUGGUGAAAAUGCCUACGAUGAACCUUACCGCUUGUACAAUACCGACGUCUUUGAGUAUGCUCUGGACAGUCCGACGUCCUUGUAUGGUGCUGUACCUUUCAUGGUCGCUCAUCGAAAAGGUGCAUCUGCUGGUGUGUUUUGGAUGAACCCCUCCGAAACCUGGAUUGAUAUUGUCAAGAGCAAGCAUGAAUCACACAGUAAGGUGCAACAGGUACUCAGUUUCGGUAAAAAGAGUGAGGAACGAACCUCAACUCACACUCACUGGGUUUCGGAAGCCGGCGUGCUCGAUCUGUUUGUUUUCUUUGGUCCUUCAACAAAAGAUGUCAUGCGUCAAUACAGUCAAUUAACCGGCCCGCCAGCCUUGCCUCAGAUGUUCGCCAUUGGUUAUCAUCAGUGCCGCUGGAACUACAUCAAUGAAAGAGAUGUGCUCGAUGUCGACAAUAAUUUUGAUGAAUACGACAUGCCCUAUGAUGUGAUUUGGUUGGACAUUGAAUACACGGAUGAAAAGAAAUAUUUCACAUGGGAUGCCGCCAAGUUCCCUCACUCUUUGGAUAUGGAAAAGAAGUUAGCCGACAAAGGCAGACAGUUGGUCGUCAUUAUCGAUCCCCACAUCAAGCGAGCCUCGAACUAUCGUAUCUGUGAUGAGGCCAAGAACAACAACCUGUUUGUGAAACAGCCUUCAGGUGAUGAUUACGAAGCCUGGUGCUGGCCAGGCCAAUCUUCGUGGGUUGAUUUCUACAAGGAAGCAGCUCGAGACUGGUGGAAAAAGCAGUUCCAGCUUAACAAAUUCCUCGGCACCCGCGAGAAUGUUCACAUUUGGAACGAUAUGAACGAGCCCUCGAUUUUCAAUGGACCCGAGAUCACUAUGCAAAAAGAAAUGAUUCACGAUGGUCGUUGGGAACAUCGUGUGCUUCACAAUUUGUACAGCUUGCUUUCUCACGCUGCGACAAGUGACGGUGUCAGAGAACGAACAGCCGUGCAGAAGCGUCCUUUUGUCUUGGCGCGUGGAUUCUACGCGGGUGUUCAACGCUACGGAGCGGUUUGGACCGGUGAUAAUAUGGCCGAUUGGGAUGCUUUAUACUACUCGAAUCCGAUGAUUCUCACCAACAGUAUGGGCGGUGUCCCCUUCUCAGGCGCCGAUAUUCCCGGAUUCUUUGGCAACCCCAGCCCCGAGUUACUGGCACGAUGGUAUCAAGCCGGUGUUUUCCAGCCUUUCUUCCGUGGCCAUGCUCACAUUGACACCAAGCGCCGUGAACCUUAUUUGGUCCCUGAGCCCUACCGAUCCAUCACCCGUCGCAGUCUGCGCGAACGCUAUGCUCUGUUACCUUAUUGGUAUACUUUGUUCUAUGAUGCUUACAAGACUGGCACUCCCAUGAUGCGUCCGAUGGUGAUGGAGUUCCCCGACGACGAGUCCGUGUUUGCCAUGCAAGAUCAAUUUAUGCUUGGUGAAGGUAUCCUUGUGAAACCCAUCACCAAGGAAGGAGCGGUUUCAACUCGUGUCUACUUUGCCGGUGACGAGCCUUGGUAUGAUAUGUCGUCGUUUGAACGAGUGGUGGCCCAUGGUGAGCGAGAGGUCGCUGCCCCCUUGGAAAAGAUCCCAGCAUUUUAUCGCGGCGGGCACAUCAUUCCUCGCCGAGAACGCGAGCGCCGCAGCGCCACUGCCAUGAAAUUUGACCCAUUCACCUUGGUCAUUGCUUUGGAUACAAAUGGCAAAGCUCAGGGCAAUCUUUACUUGGAUGAUGGCGAGUCUUACGACUUCCAAUCGGGACACUAUGCACAUACCCUCUUCGAUUAUGAGCAUGGCGUAUUGACAUGCCAGAGUUUGCACGAUGCGAAUGACAGCCAAGCAGCUCAACAAUUCGCCAAAUCCAUGGCAGAUCUUCGUAUCGAACGCAUCCAAGUGUUGGGUGCUAAACAACCGACGACGGUGCGAGCUAUGAAGCCGAAUACACCCGCUGCCGACAUACCCUUUGAAUAUAACUCUGCGCAAUCGACUCUUGUGAUCAAAAACCCCAGCACAUCGGUCAUUACCUGCGAUUGGCGUAUUGAAGUCUCUUGA